AUGGCUGCCACUUUCAGCCGCAGUCUCAUGCACCGGCGUGGCGUGGCCAUGGGCGCCGAGUUCCGUGGCAAGGGCGUCGACAUUGCGCUUGGGCCCGUGGCUGGUCCCCUGGGCCGUGUGCCGGCAGGUGGGCGCAAUUGGGAGGGUUUCUCUCCCGAUCCGUACCUGACGGGUGUGGGCAUGUUCGAGACUGUGCGCGGCAUGCAGUCUCAGGGCGUGAUGGCAACAGCCAAGCACUACAUCUUGAAUGAACAGGAACACUACCGCAACAAUGUGGACGUAACGAUUGAUGACCGCACAAUGCACGAGCUGUAUUUGUGGCCAUUUUCCGACGCCGUGCGUGCUGGAGUCGGUUCUGUCAUGUGCUCGUACAACAAGAUCAAUGGCAACUACAGUUGCGAGAACAGCUGGACACUCAACUAUUUGUUGAAGAACGAGCUGAACUUCCAGGGAUUUGUCAUGUCCGAUUGGGGCGCACAGCACUCAACAGUUGAGUCGGCUCUUGGUGGUCUCGACAUGGUCAUGGCUGGCGAAGGCGGUCCACGGGGCAGUAUUUACGGCUCAUUCUGGGGCGGUGCGCUUACCGAGUCAGUGCUUAAUGGCUCAAUUCCUGCGUGGCGUGUCGAUGACAUGGCCGUACGCAUCAUGGCUGCCUCCUACAAAGUAGCGGCCGUGAGCGGCAACAAGCCGCGCCCAGACAUCAACUUCUCGGCCUGGGUGCCGCCCAACGUCACAGUUGGCCCAGUGUACUACCGCGCCAAUGCCAGCAUCGAAAAAGUCAACUUGCACGUCGACGUGCAGGGAAACCAUGGUGCUUUGAUCCGAGAAAUUGCCGCCAAAUCCACGGUCCUGCUCAAGAACAAAGGUGACAAGGCGCUUCCACUGCAGAAGCCCGUGCGCAUUGCCGUCGUUGGUGAGGACGCGCAGGACGCGCCCGGCGGUCCCAAUGCCUGCGUGGACAACAAGUGCUAUCGGGGCACGCUAGCGACCGGGUACGGGAGCGGGCCGGGCAACUUCCCGUAUUUAGUGGCUCCGGCCCCGGCGCUAAAGAAACGUGCAGCUUCCGACAACGCGACGAUCGUUAAGGCACCAAACAACUGGGACCUUGAUGCCGCACGUGCGGCUGCGGCGGGUGCCGAUGUUGCGCUUGUGUUUGCCAGCGCCGACGCAGGCGAGGGUUACAUUACGAUUGACGGCAACACGGGCGACCGCAAGAAUCUGACGCUGUGGGGCAACGGCGACGCGUUGAUCAAGGCUGUUGCCUCGGUCAACAACAACACCGUCGUUGUGCUGCACACGGUCGGCCCUGUGAUCCUCGACUACGCGGCAAGCCACGAGAACAUCACCGCUAUCUUGUGGGCGGGUUUGCCGGGCCAGGAGUCGGGCAACGCGAUUGUGGAUGUGUUGUACGGCGAUGUCGCGCCGCAGGGCCGGUCGCCAUUCAUGUGGGGCAGCACCAUCUCGGACUACGGCGCAGAAAUCAUGUAUUCGUCGCCAACACCACGGGCACCCGCGCAGAAUUUUUCCGAAGGCGUGUUCAUCGACUACCGUUAUUUCCAACACGCGCAUACAAAGGCGGUCUAUCCGUUUGGCCACGGCUUGACGUACACGCGAUUUGACUUUGAGAACCUGACCAUCCGAGCUGUCGACGCGGAUGGUGCAGCAUCAGCCCCAGCACCCAGUAAGACGACGACGGGCCCGGCUCAAACAUUCGGUGCGAUCAAUAGCAGCGUUGCCGCAAACGAGGCGCCGGCUGGGUUCCAGCGCAUUAAGCCGUACAUUUACCCCUGGAUCCUCCGGACCAACGAUUCCUCGCCGAACUGGCCCAAGUCGUCGACGACGAGCAAUGGCACGGAUCCUCGCACAAACAGCUCUGCACAGGCUGUUCUACCCGCUAGCGGGGCACCCGGGGGAAACCCGGGCCUCUACGACACGGUGUACACCAUUGGCUUUGAUGUUCAUAAUCGUGGGUCCGCGAAUGGCACCGCUGUGCCUCAGCUCUACGUGCAGCUUGGCGGCCACGACAACCCAUGGGGUGUGUUGCGUGGCUUCGACGAUGUGGCUGUCGCAGCCGGCGAGCGCGUGCAUGUGGUCAUGAACCUUACACGACGUGACGUUAGCAAUUGGGACACGACGGCACAGAACUGGGUAGUUACCGACCUGCAAAAAUACGUGUUUAUUGGUCGAUCCGUGGUGGACAUUGCGCUGAAUUCGUCGCUUCCGGCGCUGAAGCUGUGA